CUUGUUGUAUAUUUGUCCUUGAAAUGGGCGUGUCUCUCAACUUAUCAUCGCAACCUCCGCUCACUAAAUACCAUUGAAAAAAACCCUAGACUGGUUGAUUAUUGACCCUCCUCCUCCUCCGUCCGUUUGCUGUGGGUUUAUCGUCCGGUUCCGCUUCCCGCCUCCCAGCCGCCAACCUUGAAGCUUCCCUUGCAACCGACUCUCACCACGCCACGCCCACACCACCACCUGCUCUGCCACUUGAACCGACUGACUUUCUAUCUGUGACUACGUCUCCUUCCAUAUUCCUUUCUUGAGCGUGGGCUUUUACAGGAUCCUCGUCGAAUGCGACCGCGGGGGGGCUAGAUGACGCAUGGUCUCGCCUAGGACGACCCUCCUCCGAUGGCCAUCGCAGGCAGCUCUUUCUCGCUGGUGAUGGGACGCUGAAGACCCUGUCUCCGCACUCAAACGAACCAGAAGCAGAUAUCCAGUCCAUCUGUGCCGCCAGGAAUGAGUUCCACGGGCGCCCUGGGCGAUAGUCUUCGUACCAGCGCGGCCGCCAGCUCCAGUGCGACGACAAGCAGGAGGUCGGCCUCCACCGUCCGGCCACGCACCCGCCGUCUCAUCUCCUUCAAUGACGAUGACGACAACGACAACAAUCCGUACUGUAGCGAUGGCUACCAGUCUCCGGCAUCGGGGCUCUCAACCACGCUUGCUGCCUCGGAAUUAACCCCGCCACGGUCGCGCGGUGCGACCCCGUUGCCCUAUACCUCACGGGGAGCGUCCCCGAUGCCGAUGCGACACCCGUCCCGGGCGACAGAGGUCUGCAGCCAAAGUGGCAGUGAGGGCUGGGAUGAUAAUGUCAGGGUGCCUUCUUUGGGAAGAGCCGGGAUUGCCGGCGGAGAUCGGGCCAAGCUCGCCGCCGGCCAGUCUCGGCCAACGAUGAACCUGUUCGACGCCUCAUGGUCGUCGCUUCAGAGUCUCGCUUCGUCCGUGCUGGGAAGCGAUGUUGGAGGCACAUCGACGAAUGGCGACGCAAUGUCACAUCGGCGGCGGAAGCCGUUGCGUUCAGACAACCACAUGACAAGUACGCCGAAGCAGUGGUCGACGUCUCCAUCGACCUGGGGUCCGACGGGCCUGACAUCGGCCGAGAUCGGCGCCGGCACCAGGGAGGAAAGACAGGCGUUGGUUCAAGCCAAGAAGAGGGAAGCGCUGCUCCUGGCCGAUACGGGGUUGACUUCCACGCUGAAACGGGGGCAUAAGCGACGGGACUCGACGGAGCAGCCUGAUCAAGCGGUCGUCGACCCGGGCCAAGACGGGGAAACCUUGGUCUACGUACAUCGAGUUCAUCCGACGGACAGCAUCACCGGCGUCACUAUCAAGUACGGAUGCCAGGCUGCGAUCUUCAGGAAAUCGAAUGGGUUUUGGCCGAGUGACAGUAUUCAGAGUCGAAAGACCGUGCUUCUACCGGUGGACGCCUGCAGCGUCAAGGGACGACCCAUCCGCUCGACGCCGGCAGACCUUCUGACACACGACUCGUCUGGAUAUAUGAAUGGGAGCUCGAUCGCACCCGGGUCUACAGCCGAUACGACACUCUCAACGACCACGACUGAAAGCGAAGCAGACCGCACCUGGAAGCAUGAAUCGUGGGUGCAGAUCGACGGCUUCCCAGCCGCAGUGGAGAUCGGGCGAGUGCCGCGGAUGACAUUGGGGUUUUUCCCACGAACUCGACGGAAAUCAUUCGUCUACAGUGAUUCCGAGGCAUCCCUGACUCCCUUGCGCGAAAGACCAGAAUCCCCGGCACCUCCACCGUCUCUUCCUCGAAACAACCUGCCGACCGGCGUGUUGACAUCCACAAAACCCAGCCCUGGCAUCCGCCAUCAACGCCAGCGCAGUAACUUCCAACUCACUGGCCCCGGUGUCGGUACUCUGGACCGUACUGCCAUCGCACCCGGCCCGGCUCCGGACGGACUGAACAACUUCUUUGCCCAACACCUGCCCACGUUCGGAGCGCCACCGCCGCCAAACCAGAGCCGCACCUCCUCCGACUCGACGUCAACCGUCCUGUCCCACACCACCACUACCAGUCUCGAUAAUCUCGGCGGCGUUCUCGAGGGUUGGGUCCGAAAUAUCGCCACGAAAGCUAAAGCGGGACUCAACGACCUGCAGUCGGGUGUGGGCGAUUUGAUCGAAAUGGACGAUGCACCACCACCUCCUCCUACUUCUCCUCCCCCUCCUCCUUUAGACGCGCAGCGGCAACCGAUUCAAACGGCCGCCCGCUUCCACUCCAACCAGCAGGACUCGUUCGUAACGAACAUGAAUGGCGCGGCAGAGAAAAUUUCCAGAACGACCGGUUCUUGAGCCUGCCUACCUGCUGCUUACCAGUACAUAAUACAUGUGCAUUUCGUUGUCUACAUGUCAUUUCGACAGCGUUGCAUUGUACUGCCUUACU